GCGCGCGCUCGGAGCCUCCCCCCGCCCCCAACGCCCCCGCCCCAGGGUCUGGACUCGCGCGGGGGCUGGUGGGGGCAAGGACGCCUCGACCUAGGGUGACGCCAGGCAUCUCCCGGGCGACGGCUCCGCAACAAGAUGGCGGACGAUAAAGAAAGGGAAGGCCCAGACAUAACCGUAGCAGAGUUCCACAAAAAAAUCAAGGAUGCUUUUGAAGUGUUUGACCACGAGGCGAAUAAUACGGUGGAUGUGAGAGAGAUCGGGACAAUUAUCAGGUCGCUAGGGUGCUGCCCGAGCGAAGGAGAGCUCCAUGACCUGAUCGCGGAGGUAGAGGAAGAAGAACCCACUGGAUACAUUCGAUUUGAAAAAUUUCUUCCAGUGAUGACUGAAAUACUCCUGGAAAGAAGAUACAGACCAAUUCCGGAGGAUAUCCUUCUUCGAGCGUUUGAGGUAUUAGAUCCAUCUAAACGUGGGUUUCUUUUGAAGGAAGAACUGAUCAAAUACAUGACUGAAGAAGGUGAGCCUUUCUCUCAAGAGGAAAUGGAAGAAAUGUUGUCUGCUGCAAUUGAUCCAGAAUCGAAUUCAGUUCAUUACAAGGACUAUAUAGCAAUGAUGGUGAUAGAUGAAAGUUAAGUGCCUUGAAGACUUAAUUUCUAACUGAGAGGCUGAUUUAAAAAAUGGCUUGUCCUUGUGAAUUUCGCGUUUCAUCUUAUAAUUCCUGUAUACGCUAAUUAAUGCCCAGUAACAACUAUUUCAAGACACUUUGUUCUUUAAAGAUGAUCAUUACGCUGUAAAACACAGAUUUAUUUGGUGUGGUCUAGCCUUAUGGAAUGACAAAUUGCUAAUUAUUUUAAAGCUUGUUCUUAAAACGUUUCAACAUUAUCCGUGGAUUGUUGUUAAUUUCCCCGCAAUAAAACUCAGGUGACCUUCAAAUUAAUUAAGCUGAAAAAAUGAAGAAUGACCAGAAUGACCCCAGGUUUGGUUGGCAUAGAAGGGUCUUGGAAUGGGGCAGAGUGAGCACGAACUGAAAAUGAGUAGUAGCAUGGGGAAAGCCUCAACCGACUAAUGCUUUGGCAUCUGAACGUGGAAGGGGCGUGAUUGGAAUAAAUAUUGAUAAUUAAUGGCU